AUGCGGAGGAAAUCGAGGAUAUUAUUGUGUUUUGCGGUGCUGUGGGUGCUGGGAAUCGCCUACUACUUCUAUUCGGGGACAGCAAUGAGUCGAAAGGAUGAUUGGGGCUCCAGUGACUCGUCGAGCCGGGGAAAAGCUCACAACACUGAUGACAAGUCACACAGCCUGGAAACUCUGCCGCCAGGUAAAGUGCGCUGGCAGGAUUUCGACCAGGAUCUAUACGUUGGUGCCACAGUGGUCCGACCAGGACAGGAUCCGUAUGCCAGGAACAAGUUCAACCAAGUGGAGAGCGACAAACUCCGGAUGGACAGAGCUGUGCCUGACACAAGACAUGACCAUUGCAGACAUAAACAGUGGCAGACGGAGCUACCAGCCUCCAGCGUGGUCAUCACCUUCCACAAUGAGGCUCGCUCUGCUCUGCUGAGGACUGUGGUCAGUGUCCUAAAGAAAAGUCCUGCUCACUUGGUCAAAGAGAUCAUUCUGGUGGACGACUAUAGUGAUAACCCGGAGGAUGGAGCGCUGCUGGGAAAGAUUGAAAAGAUUCGCGUGUUGAGAAAUGACCGCAGAGAAGGACUGAUGCGUUCCAGGGUUCGAGGUGCAGAUGCUGCCACAGCACCGGUCCUCACCUUUCUGGACUCUCACUGCGAAUGUAACGACCACUGGUUGGAGCCGCUACUAGAGAGAGUGGCAGAGGAUAAAACCCGAGUUGUUUCACCCAUCAUUGAUGUCAUCAACAUGGACAACUUCCAGUAUGUAGGAGCCUCAGCCGAUCUGAAAGGAGGUUUUGACUGGAAUUUGGUGUUUAAAUGGGACUACAUGACCUUGGACCAGAGACGCGCCAGACAAGGCAAUCCCAUCGCCCCCAUAAAGACUCCGAUGAUAGCAGGAGGUCUGUUCGUCAUGGAUAAAGACUACUUUGAGCUGCUGGGGAAGUACGACAUGAUGAUGGAUGUGUGGGGCGGAGAAAACCUGGAGAUCUCAUUUCGUGUGUGGCAGUGUGGUGGCAGUCUGGAGAUCAUCCCCUGCAGCAGAGUUGGCCACGUCUUCAGAAAACAACAUCCUUACACCUUCCCUGGGGGCAGCGGGACUGUUUUUGCAAGGAACACAAGGAGAGCAGCAGAGGUGUGGAUGGAUGAGUUUAAGAACUUCUACUAUGCUGCUGUCCCCUCAGCCAGGAAUGUUCCCUAUGGAAACAUCCAGAGUCGUUUGGAGAUGAAGAAGAGGCUAGGCUGCCAUCCGUUCAAGUGGUACCUGGAGAAUGUCUACCCUGAACUGCGAGUCCCAGAUCACCAGGACAUAGCGUUUGGAGCCUUACAACAAGGGGGAAACUGUUUGGACACCCUGGGUCAUUUUGCCGACGGGGUAGUGGGAGUCUAUGAAUGCCACAACGCUGGAGGAAACCAGGUAGCGUUACCACCACGACACACACAGGAGUGGGCCCUGACGAAGGAUAAGUCAGUCAAACACAUGGACUUGUGUCUGACGGUGGUGGACAGAACAGCCGCCUCCCUCAUCAAACUACAAGGCUGUCGAGAGAAUGACAGCAGACAGAAAUGGGAGCAGAUCGAGUCCAACUCCAAGCUCCGUCACGUGGGCAGUAACCUCUGUCUGGACAGCCGCAGUGCCAGGAUGGGCGGACUCACUGUGGAGGUCUGCAGCCCGAGCCUCAACCAACAGUGGAAGUUCACCCUUAAUUUACAAUCAUAGGGGGCGCUAGGGACCCUUGGGAAAGUUAGAUAUCUCAUAGAGACACUAACAGACUCUGACAUGGAUGAAGAGAUGGAAAUGAACCCAAGGAGAAAGCCAAACUUGAUGGAUUAAUGGAUCCCUCUUGCUCCUCCUCCUCUUCCUCUUCCUCCUCCUAUUCCUCAGAGGUGCAACUAGUCUUGUCUAUACACCUCUCCCCCAGCCCCCAGCUCACCCUUCCUUUAAAAACAGAGACACACCCACUGGGGGAGGGGCUUGUAGACCAUGGAGGAGUAAACAGGAAUCUGACUGCUUGGUGGAUUGUUGAUGAUAGCGGUGAAUCGUGGUGAGGAUGAUAGUGAUGAAGGGGCGUUCUAUCCAAACAACAUACCUCAGUGUUUUUCCAUUGAUGGUUCCAGGGGCAGAUGACGUGUGAAUUUAUUUCUUUUCUUUUUUUUAAAUGCUGGUGAAAAGGAACUCAUUGAUGUUUUUACUUUGUAAUUAUUUUAUUUUACUUUUAAUAUUUUUAUUUCCUGCUGUAAAUCUCCACAGAGGUUAGCAGGAGCUGUUUUUUCUUUUAUUUUGUGUUCUCGAAAAGAAUCGGAUGUUUAGUGAUGUCACUCCUCUCCGGUGCUCUCUUUGUUUUAACCACAUUGAGCUUGAGCGUGUCACGGCAGACUGAGAUGUGUGGUUGUGGUUUGGAUGUAGAGCAAUGAGAGAAGAGGGAAAAUGACUCAAAUUCUUGAGCUUUUCUCCUUUAAUAUACCCUUUUUGGUUUACAGGAUCAACAGAGAAAAAGUGGAGAUAUAAAUGCUUUGUGUUAUACUUUGGGUUGUAAGUGUUGGGAAGAGACAGGAGAGUUCAAGAGGGAGCUUCACCUCUGGGCGUUGGCCUGACAUUGGUUGAGGUAUACAGUACAGUUCCUGGAACCAGGAAGUGUCUUGAAGCCCUCCUUUCAGGAUUGGCUGUUUGUCUCCAGGCUGUAGCACUGGCUGCUGCAGCGUCUUCACUUCUUACACCAUCAUGUCUCUAAAAAAAAAAAAAGAAUCUUAUAUGCGUCUUAUUUUAUUUGCUUUGUCAAAAAAAUUGAACCAAAUUUCGAAUGGAUGUUUUGUUUUCAAGGAAUUCAGGGGAGCAAUUAAAGAGUCUUUCUUCUCGUACUCUCACAGCGCUCUGUGGAGCCGAUCAGUUUCUUCUCUCUGCACAGAUCAUUUCCUCUGCCUGCACCUUUGAUAGAAAUGUAGGGGGGUUACUUUCUUAUAAUCUCCACCAAACUGGAUUUGAUGUUGCUCUUUUCCCCAGAGCUAACAGGUGUUCAGUGCAACAGGAUGAUACUUUACAGAUCAGCAGGCACAGACAUCAUUUAGACAUUUCUUGCUUUACUCUCGUACCCCUCCCUGCUUUUGCACGACAGUAGAAGGAAACAUGAGUGCCUACGUGUGGCUGACCAUAUUUUGUACUUGGCAUCAAGAGUUCCCUUUUGUUCUGACAAACUGAAACCUUGUUUAUUCUAGCCUGAGCACAAAUGCAAACAGAACAGUUUCCAGAGUCAUUGUUGCAGUCAGAUACUUGAAAUUGUGUACACAUGUGUCCUGAGAAGCUGCAUGCGUCACCGACAAGCUCUUACAACUCCUCAGUCACAAGUGUCUUCAAUUAACUUUUUCUGUUUUGUUUUCUGUAUUGUGCAGCUUAGAUGAGCCAUCUGUUCAGGAGUUUGAAGCUGUGAUAAACAAGGUUUUACUGUUUGUCUUCACUCUCUUUCUGCAGGAGGUGAGCAGAUUUCGUUUUGAUUGCACAAGCAGCUCGGCUCAUUUUUUUGUUGAUUAGAAAUGCAAAUGAGAACUCAUCUUGUUUAUUCUGGCGAGCUGCUUCAAUCUGUGGAACAAUGUUUCGGUGUCACCAAACAGAAUUAUGCCACUUUUGUUACCUGAUAGUGUUACUGAUGCCAUUUACAGUACAUAUAUCCUCAUAGUCUUCAACCUUCAACAGGGGCUCAUCUGAACUGCUCUGACCCUCGUGAUGAGUAACGAUGAUGCAGUUUUCGGAGAAAUAGGUUUUGAUUGAAUUCAGCUUGACUUCUCCAGGAGCAGCUUUGGGCUAACCACAUAAACGCAAACAUCUUAAAACAGAUACACUGUAAAGUGAUGCUGACCUAAAAAAUCACAUGUCCUGUUUGUUCUUGAAGGAAGCGGUAGCCUCAAGUGUUCUUUAAUGUAAAAUAUUCAAGUAUCUCCUUUUCUACUCAGUAUUUCUCUCACAUGCACAAUCAUACAUCUUUCGUUGAUUCUUUUUUGUUACCUGAGCGACUAAAAUUGACAAAGACAGCUGGUCAUGUUUUCUGUGUUAUCCGAUUCGUCCUUUGUUCCAUCGAGGUAUUUUCUCCCAUUUUGAUCCUUGUUCCCGAUGUUUGCCUUGUCUUAAACAUUCACCGUAGCUGUUUGCAGAUUGAGUGGAGAAGGUCAGCUGAAGUUGUGUGAAAAGCCUAUCCUGUGACUUGACAGGUUGCUGCUCUGUGCCGCCAGGCUGCAGAGGUUGGCCAACCUGAGGGCCAGCCUGGAUGUGAGGAAAGUUGUGACUAGACUUUAGGGCCAAAAUCUGAUUGAGGUAUUUCGAUAAAUUACGUACUUCUCAGGAGGUGGAUUUACUGAGAAUUACAGAAAAAAAGUUAUUUGGGAAUCAAUGAAAGGAAAGGCGAAACCAUUUCAGUUGUCUUAAUUUUGUAAGAAUGUUUCAAAUCAAAAGUUGUUAUACUGAAGAGCUGAUUUAAAAAAAAAUUAUUAACUUAAAGUCAAAACAGUGCAGUGGAACCAGUGUAAGGUACCGGACUGUGACAUAUUGUUUAUGCUUUCAGUCACAUCUUUCCACACAUAGUGUUUUCGAUUUUAGGUAUAAUUUAUAGUGUAGGUCUGAACUGAAAGCUUUUUCAGCAGAGCUGGCUGCAGGUACGAUCAUUAUUCAAUCAUUAUGUGUACAUUAAAAGCGUGUACUGAUCUGAUCAGGGCUGGAUAUCAAAAUGUUGCAAUCUCUUAAUUUGGUUUUUAGUCAUCAAAGUCAAAAAAUGUUGACCCUUGGUUUAGUUUAAAGUGGCGCAUAGCGCCCUCUAAUGUCAUCACUGAUGAGUAACGAGUAGAAAACCAGAGAAGAAAAGAAAAAGGGACUCGUGGUAAUAAAAAUAAUCUGAUGCAAUGCAGUAGCAGAGAGGUUCAGAUAUUUCUCUAAAUCACAUUUUCUUUGUCUUCUGUUUUUCUUCUUCUUGUUAAACCUACAAAAAUGUCCAGGCAGCAGAAACUGAACAGGCAAACCGCACACACCUGAGUGACCAUGGCAACACUGUCUGCAACAGCAGUGCAGAGGUGUUGUUUAAAGCCUUUUCUUUUUAAACUAGUCUUACUCUUGUGAAGAUGAAAGAUUAUUAUUUUAUUUUGUAUAAUUUUUAUUGCAUACACAGGGGAAAGUGACUGUAGUAGUUUAGUAGUCCAGAGCCUCACUUUGAUUGGAUGAUUAAAUGUUUACAUCUUUAGCACACUGUGCCAAAGUUUCUUCUCAUUAUCUCUGUUUUGAGGAAGAAAGAGACGUAACUGAAAGUUUUUGGAAAUGAGCCACAGGGAUCUUUUUCAGUUUUUAGUGCACAUUUGCCUUCUGUAUGUUUUUAGGUCAUUCCUCCUGGUCUCUUUCUGACCUGUAGGACAUGUCAGAGGGGAGGACAGCUCACAGCGUCUGAUCUAGUAUCAGUUUUUUAAUUUGAAGAGGGUUUAAAUUCUACUUAUGUUUUUUCAAUCAGUGUCUGUAAUUUGUGUUUUACACUUUUGAAAUAAAGAUUAAAAUAGUAUUAAAAACAGAAGAAUAUACUCCCUCUUUUAGCAUGUUUGACUAAACAGCAGUCAGUGAGAAGACUGUCCCCCCCUCUGAGCCUGCAGGACUUCAUUCAUACUCACUGUGUUGUGGAGGGAACAGAUAACUUGGUGGAGUUAAUUCAGAGAGGAUAAGUGAAGGUUGGGUUUUUCCUCUCUAAGUUGUGUCAUGAUUUGUCCUAACCAGAGGGAUGUCUAUUCCCUUCAGCCCACCUUAAAAUCCCCUUUGAGGAUUAAUUGAGGAGAACAGCCCCUCUCAUAACGUGAGAAGCCCCUGUGGAGACAUCCAGCUCAGGACUGCUUAAACCACUCCAUCUUUUGCUACGCGUGGCAGCACCAGGGUGCCUGAGUCAGGACAUAAGAGGGGCUGAACAUGCACAUGAGACACUAAACUGUACAAGUCUCAACAACCAGUAAUGACUGAUCAAAACAACCAGUUUGACUUGAUGAGGUAAUGUGUUUUCUAACAGGAAUGUGGCUUCAUUGAAUGACAGUGGUGGGUGAAAUGGUGCGAGGGGGUCACAUGUAAAAGUGUAUAUUUUUGUAUAUACCAACAUCAUUGUGUGUACAGUAUGUACAUAUAUACACAGUGUACUCAGCUGCGGUUCCUAGUUUUGUUGUCUGACUGUACAGCGCUUCUAACUGUUCCCUGUUUUAUAGAUACUGCAGAAAAUUCAACUUUGAAUGAGGAGAAAUGAUUAACUUAAAUAAAUGCAUUUAUAUAUAUAAACUUAAA